UCCAGUACGAUGGCCUGCUAAACCUGCUGGCGUUGACCAGCGUGCCGUCCGUGGCGCCGGGGAUGUCCUCCUUCGUGGGGUUGUUGAACGGUUUCAGUAGUGGCGGUGCCGGGAGCGCCCUCGCCAUGGACGGGCUGAGCCCGAUGGAGCUCGGGCGCAGCGGGCCGAGCGGGAGCAAUAUGACGGCAGCCAUGGCGCCACCGUUGGUAGCGGUGGAGGAGUGUAAUGCCGGUUGCGGAAGCGGUGGGGGCAUGACGCCUUGUGAGGUGACGCCGUUCGACGGGCUGGAGAACAUGAACCUCGACGACCUCAACGACAGCGACAGUUGGAAGGACUCCCUAGAGCAAAUGUUAUAUUGUGGAACCUGAAUUAUCAGCUGUGAGAAGAAAGGACAUAAAUAUUUCAUAGGAAAUUAAGAAUGAAAAGUUUAAAAGAUGGAUGGAUAGUUCUUUGAA